UAAAUAUUAAAUUAAAAUAUACUUUGCAUUUACAGGCACUUGCAGACCAAUUUGAAGAUGUAAAAACAUCAGUAUCUGAACGCAUGAAGAUCUUCUACUGUUGUCAAGUUCCUCCACAUUGGGCCAUACAGCGCCAGCUUGCAAGCUUACUCUUUGAGCUGGGAUGCACCAGCUCUGCCUUACAGAUAUUUGAGGAGCUGGAAAUGUGGGAAGAUGUGGUAAUCUGCUAUGAAAGAGCAGGACAGCAUGGAAAGGCAGAAGAAAUCCUCAGGCGGGAGUUGGAGAAAAAGGAAACACCAGGAUUAUAUUGUUUGCUUGGUGAUGUUCUCAAAGACCAUCAGUAUUAUGACAAGGCCUGGGAGCUCUCCAGGCACCGCAGCGCCCGCGCCCAGCGCUCCAAAGGCCUCCUCCAUCUCCGCAACCGGGAAUUCAGGGAAUGUGUGCAGUGCUUUGAACGUUCAGUGCAGAUCAACCCUAUGCAGCUAGGUGUAUGGUUUUCCUUGGGCUGUGCAUACAUUGCUUUAGAAGGCUACGAAGGUGCUGCCAAAGCAUUUCAGCGCUGUGUGACAUUGGAACCAGAUAAUGCUGAGGCCUGGAACAAUUUAUCGACAGCUUACAUCAGAUUAAAACAGAAAACAAAAGCAUUUCGGACCCUCCAAGAAGCUCUCAAGUGCAACUAUGAGCACUGGCAAAUAUGGGAGAACUAUCUUCUCACCAGUACAGAUGUUGGAGAGUUUUCAGAAGCAAUUAAAGCUUAUCACCGACUCAUGGACUUAAGAGAGAAGUACAAGGAUACACAGGUGCUGGCUAUUCUGGUCAGAGCAGUGGUGGAUGGUGUGGCAGACCGUGCUGGGGAGGUAGCAAGUGGAUUGAAGGGGAAAUUGCAAGAGCUCUUUGGCAGAGUGACUUCACAAGUGACAAAUGAUAGGGAGAUCUGGAGACUUUAUGCCCGACUUUAUGGAAAUGGACAGAAUGAUAGCAGUGAAGAUAUUGAAAAGUCACUGCAGUGUCUCACUAAGGCACAUAAAUGUGAAAUUCAAUCCAGUGAUUGGGAGAAAGAUGUUUCUUCUUUUAAGGAAGUGGUGAAAGGAGCCAUAGAGAUUGCACACGUGGCUAUAAAAUGCAGCAAGAACAAAUCUAAUCAUCAGGAAGCUUUGCAGAUACUUUCUUCAGCUCGACUCAACUUACGUGGCUUGUCAUCCAAAGCAAAGAAACUUUUUGUAGAUGUGACAAGCGAGGAGGUUCACGCGGAGAUGGCUGGUGAGGUGGCUGCGAUGGACAGCCUGAUUGCCGAGCUUCAGGAGCUGAGCAACCAGCGCAGGGACCAGUGCUGA